CAUUUUCUCUUUAUUUUUUUCCUUCAUUUAUUAUUACGUCUUUUAAGUCCAAAUGUCACUCAUAUCCUUAAUAAAAUAAAUCCAACAUUAUUCGAUUUCGUAUCCUCCCUUCUCUUUACCUCUCUAAAAAGCCAUCAACUUUAUUUCUUCUCUCUCUCUAUCUCCUUUCUUCCUCUUUAUUCAGAGUUCAUUUUCUCUGUCUCUGCUUCAUUCUAUUUCAGAUCCAGAAGAUUUAAAGAAUCAAUCUUUAUAUAAAAUGAAGAAAAUAGUGUUGAAAUUGGAUUUGCAUGAUGACAAGGCGAAGCAAAAAGCUCUUAAGACAGUUUCUACUCUUCCAGGAAUCGAUUCUAUUGCGAUGGACAUGAAGGAGAAGAAAUUAACUGUUAUAGGCGCGGUGGAUCCAGUAAGCAUAGUAAGUAAAUUGCGCAAGUAUUGGCCAACUACGGAUAUAGUUCUUGUUGGGCCAGCAAAAGAGCCGGAGAAGGAGAAGAAGGAAGAACCAAAGAAAGAAGAGGAGAAGAAAGAAGAAGCGAAGAAGGAAGAGGCGAAGAAGGAAGAGGAGAAGAAAGAGGAACCAAAGAAGGAAGAACCUAAAAAGGAAGAAGGGGAAAAGAAAGAAGAGGCAAAGAAAGAAGAGGGUAAAAAAGAAGAAGAGAAGAAGCCCGACCCGGUGUUAGACCUUGUGAAAGCUUAUAAGCAAUACAACCCUCAAAUGACAACAUAUUACUAUGUCCAAAGCAUGGAAGAAAACCCAAAUGCUUGUACUAUAUGCUGAGAUCGAAUUGAAGAUGCUCUUUAAUUAAUUUAUGGAGGCAAAUGGAUCUCUAGAACGAAGAACGUAAUUUGUAUAGUAAGCUGAUGGAUGCUGAAUGCUUCUCUUAUCUAUCUCUUGUUCAGAAGUGGGUUAUGUGAUCAAUUGUAUGUAUAGCACCACCUUAAAUAAAAAUUUUGGUAGCGAGCUAAGCUUGUUAGUUUUUGUGUUUUGAUCGUUAUAAUCUCCUAUUCGGACGGACUAUCUUUGUAAAUAAUUUUUCUUUGAAAAAUUAAGUGUUAUUUGAUUUUUGAGGGUAA